AUGGGGAACACAUUAACAGUUGCAAGUGGAGAUAAGAAGAAAGCCAAAGUGAUGAAGAUUGAUGGUGAAGUCUUUAAACUGAAAACACCUAUAAAGGUGUUUGAAGCCAUCAAAGAUUACCCGGGUCAUGUUCUGUUGGAGUCCAAGGCGUUUAAGCGAUUCGGUAUCCGAGCUAACCCGUUGGGUCCGGAUGAAUGUUUGGAAGCUGGGAAGAUUUAUUUUGUUGUGGAAUUACCAAAGCUGCCGGAGACAAAUGAGAAGAAAGAGAGGAAGGAGCUUGUGAAGAUGUCUAGGGUAUCGGUGGCGGUGGUUAGGGAGGAGAAUGGUGGUGGUGGGGUGGAUGGGGAUGGUCCGGUUCGGGUGAAGAUGAGGUUGCCGAAGGCGGAAGUGGAUAAGUUGAUCGGAGAAAGUAGAGAUGAGGAGGAGCUGGCGGAGAGGAUUGUUGAUAUUUAUGUUAAGAAGAAGGCCGGUGAUGAUGGCCGCCGGUGA